AUGUGGAAACGUUUAGGUUUUGGGGAUGCUACAAUUACUAAUGAGCCAACCAUAGAUUACAAUAAAACAUCAUCAUCUUUUCCUCGUACUCCGCGGAGAAAGUCGUCACUGAGCACCCGAGAUCAAGCAUCAAGAUUACUGGAUGAUUUGUCAACUCCAUAUCAACAUCGAGACGAAUGGGACAGUGAUGAUGACGACGAGUAUAAUCGCUAUCGAUUUGAUUACACAAGAACUCUUGAUUUCAAUGCUUAUGAUCUAGAUGAAGAUUUACAAAGAGAUACAGAAAUGAUUGGAGAAUGGACAAAGGAGAGCAGUUUAAAAAACAAGUAUCUGAAUGUAAAGAAGGAUAAGUUCGAUGACACCCACUAUUCGCUUCCACUGCGGUUUCCGGGCAAAUACCAAACAUCGUCAAGAUCUCUUGAUGAACCAAGAGAUAGAAAAGUUGACCCAGUUCGAGAAAGCCAAGUUGAUCUUGAAAUCAAGAAAUUAAAGGAGGAACUUCAACGGGAACAACAAGCUGAGGGGGACUUGAUGCCUGGAGCUUCACUUAUACCACAGAUUACUGAACUCACCAACACUGUUCAAGACCAAACAAAAUACCUUUCUCACCUCAAACAGUACUCAGAACUAGCAGACAAUGAGAAAACAAGCACGGAGGUCAAGUAUGAAACUCUCAAGCAGGAGUAUUUGAAGGAGCUUGUAAAAAUGGAAAAACUUUAUACUUGUUACUACAACCUAUUGGAGAAAUAUGUAAAUCAGAAAGCAAAAAAUUAG